AAGAGGGAGGGGCGAUCGGGAACGCGCAUCGGGAACUUCAGCCACAGCUGAACAAGCGCAGAAAGUGAACGAUAUUAAACCUGGACAGUAACAAACCCUGUGUGAGAUACAGUAUGGUCUUCUGAGCUCCCGGGUCGUCAGCCAUGGCGCUGAUCCAGUCUCUCCCCGUGUCCACUGACCACACAGGACCAGGCCUGAUGGGAGCGAUGGGAGCCGUCAGCACCAUGAAGCCCAAUCACGUCACUUAUCCCGACCGGGACAAUAUAGAGGUCAGUACCAACUUCCGCAAGGGAACGCCGGGAUCGGGACGCCUGUUAUCCGACGCCGGCAGUCGGACCCCGUCCAGCAAGAGGAGAGGAAUCGCCUGCAGGGCGAAGGGCUUCGGCACUCGCUCGUAUUCCCAUGAGGACUUGAUACAGGACUGGAACGAUAAUCGUUCGGAUGUGGGAAUGGCUGGUGCGGACGGGCCUCCGAAACUGGUUCCUGUGUCUGGACAGUUGGAAAGGAAUGCUCAGCAGGGCAUAAUCAGACCCACUGCCUUCAAACCCGUCAUUCCCAGGAGCCGGAACGCCGUGCAGUUCUUGUCUCCACGACCCGGCGCCGGUCUCUCGGGAAGCCAAGGAAACCUCAGCAGGUUUUCUCCGGAAGACGAGGAUCUCGCGCCCGGCAGGACGGCAGAACGGCGCAGCUCGUACAGCGGCGCUCGCCACGGCUUGUUCAGCCAGUCUUUCUCCAUGACGGAAGCGGCUCGCGACUCGUUAGCGAACCUCCCGGCGUAUAACCAGAGCGAGGCGAGCAAACCCCACGCACACUCGAACUCCGACAGCGGGCGCUCCUCGUCCAGCAAGAGCUCGGGGUCUGUGGGAGGCCGAGGACAGAUGAUGCUGUCGGAUAUGGGAUCGGGAAGACCUUCGCCUCCACCCGUCGAGGUCUACGAGACCAUCAUGAGGGAUCUGGAGGAGAAGCUGAGGGAGAGAGAUCAGGAGCUACAGCGACUCCGGGAAAACCUGGAUGAGAACGAAUCCGCCAUCUGUCAGGUGUACGAGGAGAGGCAAAAGCGCACGGAGCUGGAGAUGGAGGAGUUCAGACAGACGUGCGCCGCUAAGAUGCAGAAAGCGUCCCAUAAAGCUCAGCGUGAGCAUCAGCUCCUGCAGCUCCAGGUGUUUACGCUCCAGCAGGAGAAGAAGAAGCAGAACGAGGACAUGACGCAGAUCCUGCAGGAGCGACAGAGACUCGAGGAGCGGUGCAACUCCUACGAGCGGGAGCACACACACCUCGGACCCAGACUCGAGGAGAGCAAGUGGGAGGUGUGCCAGAAGUCCGGUGAGAUUUCGUUGCUGAAGCAGCAGCUGAAAGACCUUCAGGCGGACCUGGCUCAGCGAGUCGGUGAACUGGUGUCGGUGCGCGGGCAACUGAGAGACGUGUGUGUGGAGCUGAAGACGUGCCAGAGUCAGCUUCAGGAGGCACACACCACCUCACACACACGAACCCUGGAGCUCGAGGUGUGCGAGAACGAGCUGCAGCGCCGCAAGAGCGAGAACGAGCUCCUCAGAGAGAAGAUGAGCCGUCUGGAGGAGUCGACGUCGCACGAAAACGAGGAUCUGAAAGCCUCCAAGCAUCAGAUCGACCGCCUCAAGGCCGAGCUCGCGUACGAGCGCCAGCAUGCGUCCGAUCGGGGCGUAGCGUUCGAGAGCGAGAGGAAGAGCUGGGAAGAGGAGAAAGAUAAAGUGAUUCGAUACCAGAAGCAGUUGCAGCAGAACUACGUGCAGAUGUACAAGAGAAACCGCGAUCUGGAGCGAUCGCUUCGUGAACUAAAACUCGAGCUCGAGUCGAGAGAACAGGACGACGAGAGCAGCGGAAACGAAGUCACGUUCGACGACAUCGCCGCGACCGAGAUCUGAAAUCAUCUUUGUUUUGAGGAAGGCGUAGCGGGAAGCUAUCACGCUAAAGCUAGGUAAUCGUCACACUGGGAUUAUAAAGCGAGAAAUGAUUCUGGGCCGAUUCUGAGAUUUUCCGAAUGCAUCGCGAUUCUCUCUCGAAUCGAUUCUGAGCUUAUUUUUUAACAGCGGAUGGUCUUCCCAUGCCUUACACACACCACCUGAACCUUAAAGGGAUAGUUCACCCCAAAAAUG